UUCGAUUUCCGAUUCUAUUUUAAAAUUCAAUACCAAACUGCAAAGAUAUGUAAACCUCGGCUUCCCGAAGUUAGUUUCCUUUCUUGUUUUAAAUAUAAAAUAUUUCAUAGGCUCCCAAAUAGCUAUGGAUUAAAAAUCUAGUACAAUCCCUAUACUUUUUUACUUAUUUUCCCCAGAAUAAAUCCUCAUGAUAUACCCAAAACUAAUAUAUAAUUCAAAAUAUUAUUUCAGGCAUUCCUCUGCUCCAAGAAGACAGUCCGACACACCAGGCGGGAGUCUUCGCUUUGCAAUAAUUGGAGUUUGGGCACAAGCUGAAGUCAGAAACACAAUCUUGAAAUUCUUUGUAAUCCUUCCAUCGAACUUGUAACACAUACACAGACACACAGAGACACGGAGACACGGACCACACCUCAGAGGCUUUGCAAGGACACUCCUGAGCUAACCAAUAUAACUGAAACUGAAACCGAAACCGAAACCCGUACACAUGCGAGGCGCUUGAAAUUCUCAAGAUACGACGAUCGAGAGAUCUGAAGACAAUAUUAGUAUAAUUUUCGACCUUAUUUUGUGGAAAAGAACUGUAGGCUAGCUAGAGGAGACGGGGUGAGAUUUUCAGGGGCGUCGGGAAUGUUUAUAUAUAUUUAAAAAACAAAAAGAAUUGUUGCUAUUAUGGAACUUAGUUUUAUCUAGGGAAUAAACGCACAACAAACCCACACCCACAUGCACGGCACAUGACACUCACACACACUGAGAUACAGCCACAUACACAUACGACACCACAGAAGCUGAAAAGGAUAUAUAGAAGAAGGAUAUAUCUAUAUAUAGUCAAGGGAGCGAGGGCAGAGAAAUUCAAAAAUGGCUUAGAGAGGGAUGCGUGAUCAAAAAAACCUACAAGAAAGCAGAAGUACUACUUGAAGAAGUCAAAAGAAGCAAAAAGUUAACCUUCGAACAAAAGGAAUAAGCAUUAAUUUAGAUAACUCUAAUCAAUAUACAAGAGACCCGCAGCGGGUUUGAAAACAUAAACUAUUAAAAAAAAGAAACCACAAAUAGUUUAAAAAGAAACAAAUAAGAAAACGUAAGAAUAAACAUUUUCCAUUUUCGGCUCUACAAAUAAGGCAAAACUGGACAGAAGAAGCUACAAGUUAGAAGUGUAAGUUUAGGUAAUCCCCAGAAGAAGGCAAGAGACCGGAAGUGACAGAGAGGACAGAGGAAGUGGAAGAAGGCAGCGAGUGUUAGCGGUGUUCAUUUUAAAAGGCUUUUACCGAUCCAACUACAAUCUAAGCACCACCACACACAAAACACAAAACACACAAGAACAAAACUGAAAAAAACUUCGCCAUGAAGAAGAGCUCCACGCUAACCACAACCACGUCGGUGCCGGCGAGUCCAACGCUCUCGGCUCAGACGCUCUCCGCUAGCAAGAUCAGUCUGAAUAGCAGCCGCUGUGGCUCGGCGACGGGCUCGCAAUGCGGUGGCUCCGCCUCCGGUGGAUCGAUGCGAUCCGCCUGCCAGUCGCCGGUGCGGCCAGGAAGCGGUUGCGUGGACGCCAUCAAGGCCAAGCGCGAGGAGAUCGAGAUGGAAACGCUGCUCGAGAAGGCAAAGUUCUAUACCUCCGUGUGCCUUGGUACGACUGCCAUUUUGUCGGUGUUCACAUUCCUCUUCCUGAUACCCUUCGUCGUGGAUCCCGCCAUCUCAACGAUCAUUGCCGAUUAUGAUCCAGUGCCGGUGACCUGCAUCGUCAUUGAUCACAUCUAUGCGGAGGGGAUCAAGAACUGCAGCUGGAGCUCCUGCCGCGAGGGCUGCACCUCAUCACUCACCAAGUGCCAUCAGUUGUUUGUCAACUACACGCGCAUCCCGUUCAGCGAUUGGGAGCGUAAUCCUCGGGACCUGGACACGGUCAACUGGGAUGUGAGCUACACCAAGUUUCUGAUCAAUUCGGAAGGCUGUGGCUAUCCCCCAACGACCAACUGCAGUGUCUUUGCCAGGCAAUAUGGAUUCUCUCACAUCGGAGAACCAUUCCCGUGCUACUACAGCAGGGCGUAUCCAGAGGUGGUCAUUGGAAGGUAUUCGUGGGAGAACAACCUAUACCAUUUGAUCCUCUCGCUGAUCAUACCGAACGUGCUCUUCGCCAUCUCGAUCGGGGUGCUAAGCUAUUGGUACUGUCCCUGCUGCGAGAAGGCAUGCAACAAAUCCUCGCGGGUCUAUGCCGAGAAGUUCCCGACCAAGGAAGACAAACUUCUGUGUCACAGUGACGAAGAUGAUGAAAUGGAAUACUAGCAAAAAAUUAAUAUUAGUUAAAACCCCAAAAACAAAUAGCAAAUUCAACUUUGUAGUCUGUACCAAACACACACAAAAACACAACAUAGCUUAUCUAGAUAUAUAUACGAUAUAUAUAAUAUAGAAAUUCCAUUCGCCAUUUGCCAUCUCACAUCGAUAUCGGACGAUAGGAUUAAUUCCAAGCGGAGCAUCGUCGAAGGAUAACACUAAACUUUUUCUCUCAGCCAGAUUUAUUCGAAAUUUUGCGCUCAAUGAACAACAACCAAAUUUGUGAACAUAUAUAAAGAAAAACUUUGCCAUCAUAUAUUGUUAGAAACUUUGGUUUGGAAUACUAUACACAAACUUUGGCUUGACCCUUUUGGCUUUUGAAGGCGCGGCAAAAACGAUGCUCCGCUACAUCUCGACUUUCCACAAAGAAAAAUACCAAAUACCAAUUAAAAGAAUCGCUUGUUUUCAACAAAUUGUGAUAGUAGUCAUAAAAAUAUUAAUUAAAUUCGUAAAACAAAAAACUAACUAAAAGACAAACGGAAAGCGAUUACCAAAACAAAAGAAUAAAAAUUAAAGACAAACCAAUCAAACAAUUGUAUAGAACCGAAUUCUCAUACGAAUACCUAGUCCUGGAAUAUUCAUAGAAGCUGGGCGGGAUUAUGGAUAUGGAAUACAAAAAAAGAAAGAUAGAUUUACCAUAAAUACUCAAAACAGAAAUCCAUAAUGGGUAUAAGCAGCGGAACCAAAAAAUAAAUCACACUCAACUCAAACUCCACACACAUACUCACUGUCGACAUUUUUGAAAUAGUUUUAAAACAAAAUCUUAUAUGUAAAAAAAAGAAAACCAAAA